AUGACGGCUGAUAACGAAGAUGUCACGCGCAUAAAUUUUGAUGCCGAUUGGAAAUGUUACUGUCAACGUAAUAUGAACGACGAAAUCAUGGUAACGACCGCAGAAAAUACAGGUACACACCACGAUUGGUCUCUUAUCAAUUUACCACACGUUGUUGACACGAAAAAUUUAUGUAAAUGGUGGUAUUGCAAACAGUUCGAGCGUACGUCUGUUGACAAACAAUUGCAUCUAGUAUUCGAAUCGAAUAAUCAUCACAAUGACAGUUUUGAUAUUAAUACUGUCAUACAACUCAAUAACAUCGAAAUAUUUUCUGGUUCGCUUAUGUCAUCAAUGAAUCCUAUCGAACUACCUUCAAAACUUUUACACAAUGAAAAUAGUCUGACGAUUUGCUGUUUUAAUUCUACACUUUCUCUACACGUUGAUCUUAUUCAACAUAACAAAUUCAUCUGUGCCGUAGGAGAAGUAAACGUCACUACUGGUCAGCAAAAAGAUAACGAAGUUCUGGAUUAUACAGUUGGUGUCGACGACACUGGUGGACGUCUCGAUCUGACAUUUAAAUCGAAAAAGAAAUAUAAAGUACCUAUGCGACCACUUCCAUCAACACUUGAAUGCCCUCGAAGAGACACUCCAACUGAUGAAGAUCUUCUUAUACCUCGCUUGGCUAUUGUCAUUCUCAUCGUUGGUACACGAGGCGACGUGCAACCAUUUAUCGCUCUUGGUCAAGCGCUGCGAGCAAAAGGUCAUCGUGUCCGAUUAGCAACACACGAAACAUUUCGAUCAUUUGUUCGUGGUAAUAAUCUGGAAUUCUAUCCAUUAGGCGGUGAUCCAGUUGACUUGAUUUCAUUCAUGGUUAAAAAUUCUGGUAUCAUUCCUUCAAUGGAUAGCAUCAUGGCGGGAGAUGUCAGUAAGAAACGUCGAUCGUUAUCUGAAAUUCUUGCUUCGACGUGGCAAGCCUGUAUAGCAAAUGAUGAUGAAACGAAUAUGCCAUUCACUGCGGAAGCAAUCAUUGCGAAUCCACCGUCAUUUGGUCAUAUUCAUUGUGCAGAAAAGCUACAGAUACCUUUACAUAUCAUGUUCACAAUGCCUUGGACGUCGACAGCAGCUUUUCCACAUCCGCUAUCCAAUAUUGACAACUCUACCGGAUCGAGCAAAAUCAUCAAUCGAUAUUCCUAUGAUGUUAUUGACACACUAACAUGGACAGGUAUGCGUGAUAUUAUCAACAACUUUCGAAAGAAAAUAUUGGGUCUUUCGAUAUUAAAUACUAGUCAAGCGGUAUAUGCUCUAGAUGACGAGCGGGUACCUCAUACUUAUUGCUGGUCACCAUCACUUGUGGAGAAACCCAACGAUUGGGGAGAACAUAUUGAUGUGUCCGGCUUUUUCUUCUUGGAUCUUGGAACAGCCUACACAAAUCCACCACAAGAUCUACUUGAUUUCCUUCAUUCCGACGAACAAAAACCAAUCUAUAUUGGCUUUGGUUCUAUUGCCGGGCAUGAUUCUCGUCGUAUUCUUAAAGUUGUCGUCGAUGCACUGCUUCAAACUGGAUAUCGCGCUGUUCUAUCUGGUCUUGCUACGGAAAUGGAUCAAUUACCACCUAACAUAUUCAAAAUCGGAAAUGUACCACAUGAUUGGCUCUUUCAACAUGUAUCAGCUGUUUGUCAUCAUGGUGGUGCGGGCACCACUGCCGCUGGUCUACGUGCCGGAAAGCCUACCAUUGUGGUUCCAUUCUUUGGCGAUCAGUUUUUUUGGGGCACAGUUAUUGCAAAAAGUGGUGCUGGCCCUCAACCAGUUCCAGGCAAAUCAAUUACGACAGAACAAUUGAUCCAAGCAUUCCACUUUGUUCAUCAAUCAACAACAUGCGUUGCAGCUGAACACCUUCGCGAUGCGAUUCUGAAAGAAGAUGGAUGCGCAGCAGCGGUGCGCGCAUUUCAUGCAAAUUUACCUUUAACACGCAUGCACAGCGAUCUAGAACCUACAUUUUCUGCUUGUUAUCGUUCCGAUAAAUAUCAUUUGCAAAUAUCUCGACCAGUUGCACAAGUAUUAGUAUCAGCAAAUGUUCUACAAGAAGAUCAACUUCGGCCACAUGCCACACGAAAAUGGCAUUUCAAGCACGAUAAUCAUCAGCAUAUAAUCAUGCAUGGCUUCUUUGAGCAUUCGCAAAAGGCUAUCUCGAAAAUGUUUAUCAAUACUGCAUCGGAAUUAAAGCGAACGGCGAGCAAUGACAAUCUGACUAGGAACAGAGCGCUUGAGGGCGCCGGAAGUGUGGCUAAAGGCGUGGCUUUAGGUAUAGGCCAUCUGACUCUUGGAUAUUUGUCAUUGUAUGGUGAAAUAACUGAUGCACUGCAUCAUGUCCCUUAUUUAUACGAUCCGUACAGCACUAAGAAAGCACGUUCGAGACCGGUUGUAACUAAUUUUAAAUCGGGCGCCAGAGCAGCUGGCAUAACCUUAUGGAAGGGGUGGAAGGAAGGUUUUACUGGUGUCAUAACUCAACCUCGUGCUGGUUAUAAACGUCAUGGCAUACCUGGCGCUGCAGCAGGAUCCUUAAUAGCUGUUGUGAAUAUGGGAAUGAAACCUAGCAUAAGCACGGUUUCAUCGCUGACCUGGCUCAGUCGAGGUGUCUAUGCAAGUGUGCAAAAUGUUGUAGAGAAUUAUAAAAAGGAAGGAAGACGAAUUUCAUCGAAACUCUUUGAUGGUACGUCAUCUUCGAGUGAUAUACAGAACGACAGCGACCAGGAAGUUUCUUCAGUUGCUAGAGUUGCUGCAAACGCUUCAGGUCUUCAUCCGAAAGUCUGUCAAAUAAUCCUUGUUGAGUUUGAAAAGAUUAAAGCUGAAUAUAAUCAACAUCGACACUCUUCGUCGGCAACAAAAUCUCCACCACUCUCGUUUUUCAAUAACAAUAAAAUAAAGCGAUCGUUAUCGUCUGAUGUGCUCAGCAUUACGUCGAGACAGGUGACAAACUGA